GCAAGCAAACAAACAUCCACCUCAGAAAAUUUCUGUUUCCAGAUGAAAGCUUUUAUUUUGACAUCCGCCGCCGGAAGUGUCCCUCCGGCUGAUCUGAUCUAGCGGCUCUCACGCCUCUGCGAGUCCAGAGCAGCGACACGCCGUCGGUGAGAGGUUUACCGGACCGGAGCUCGGGCCUACCGGACGGCUGACGGUUGGAGGGGUUUCUCUGCGAGGGGAGGGGGAUGACGGAGUCCCGGCUGUCCGCAUCUGCCGCGUUUUGAAUUCGCAUUCCUGAUCUUCAUGCCUCCGAGCUUAUCUCAGAUAUGGAUUUUUAGAGUGGAGCAGCUGAUCUGAGGUCGCGACCUUCCUGCCUGGAGUCACAUGUCAGCCUGAGGCGGCUCUGAGACGCAGACUUUUCCACAGACUGGGGUUGUUGUGAUUCUGACCCGACAUGCCUGCGAAGACGCCCAUGUACCUGAAAACCACCACCCCUAAGAAGGGGAAGAAGGUGAAGCUCCGGGACGUCCUGUCUGGCGACAUGAUCAGCCCUCCGCUGGGCGACGUCCGCCACAGCGCCCACGUGGGGCCCGACGGCGAGGGCGACAUGUUUGGGGACGUGGGCUUCCUGCAGGGGAAGAUGGACAUGCUGCCGUCCCUGAGCCGCGCCCCUGACGGGCGCUCGCACAGCGUGGAGCGCCACGCGGGGGACGACCUCCCCGACAAGCAGGAGGCGCACAGCUACGCCUACAACGGAUACCACUACCAGCACUCCAGCAGCGGCCUGCUGAAGACCACCAUCUCCAUGCCCGUGUUCAUCACCCACGAACAGGCUCCGCCCAAACCGCCCCGUCUCCACCUGGACGACCACUCCCCCACGUCUUUGCCCUCCCAGCAGGAGUCCAGCCAUAAACCGGCUUCCUUUUGUGGGAACGGCACGGCGGGGCGUUUGGCGUCGGAUCCCGGCCGGGACAUCUCGGUGUCGCACGCCAUCCGCAGACUGGUCCCGUCGUCCGGGUCCUUCUCGGAGGCCUCGUCCGAGGACUCCAUGUCGGAGAGCUGCGGGCCCCCGGACGUUCGGCGGGGGCUGAGUCUGGACUCUGACGCCGGCCUGAGCAACGAGGACCUGCAGAGCGAGCGCAGCGAGUCGCCCUGCGCCGCCUUCCAUCCCGCCGGGCUCACGGCCUCCAACAACGUCUCCAGAUCCAACUCCAUCUCCGGACUGGACCUGGAUCUGGGCCCGUCCAUCCUGGAGGACGUCCUCAGCAUCAUGGACCGCUACAAGAGUCUGGAGAACCGCUGCGAGCUGUGAGGACAAAGGAGGUCAAGAAAGACUGUUGGGUUCUGGUCCUCUAGAACCUUCCUCCACGUGAACAUCAUCAGAACACUCCACCGUCUCUGCCUGAGAACUUCUGCUGACCGUUGUCCUGAACGGUUCUGAUCCGUUCUUUCAGACAAAGCUGAAUUCUGCUGCAUGACUCUUCCAUGAAAGCCCUCAGAGAAACUCCGACCGAUGUGAAGUACUGAAGGUUCUGUUGGGUUUGUUGUUGGGAUCCAUCACGACAGCAGCAGCAACACCUUUUUGUUUUGGUUGUUUUUGAAAAAACUCAGGACGUUUGUUCAGACUGAUGAUGAAGAAGAAGAAGCUUUAAUUGUGAGAAAAUUGCUGCUUUUAGACUCAAAUAUGGAACUUUUUAGAAAAAAAAUCUUUUUGUGUUUAAAUAUCCGUGUUUCUUAAAGUCCACCAUUGAAAUGCUGUAAAUAAUUCUCUGUAAAUCUUUGAAUAAAAAUUAUUCUGAUGAAAACAA